AAAAGUAGCCUGAUCGUACAGUUUCUGUAUUUUCCAAAAUUAACCGACUCCACAUCCACUAUAUAAACAUACACAAUAACCUUUUAACGUUUCACAUCAAUUACAAAUCUCGCUUCUCUUCAAUUCAUCCCUCGAGAAAAAGUCGCAUCUAGACAAUGGCUCGUACGAAGCAAACCGCUAGAAAGUCCACCGGAGGCAAAGCUCCCAGGAAGCAGCUCGCCACCAAGGCGGCGAGGAAGUCUGCUCCGACGACCGGAGGAGUCAAGAAGCCGCACCGUUACCGUCCCGGGACCGUGGCGCUUCGUGAGAUCAGGAAGUACCAGAAGAGCACGGAGCUUUUGAUCCGUAAGCUUCCCUUCCAGCGUCUGGUUCGUGAAAUCGCUCAGGACUUCAAGACGGAUCUGAGGUUCCAGAGCCACGCCGUGUUGGCUCUCCAGGAGGCGGCUGAGGCGUACCUUGUGGGUUUGUUCGAGGAUACUAAUCUCUGCGCGAUUCACGCGAAGAGGGUCACGAUCAUGCCCAAGGAUAUUCAGUUGGCGAGGAGGAUUCGUGGUGAACGUGCUUAAGAUGUUUCUCUGUUUUCAAUUUUAGAUUAUGAUCGUGUAUUAUUAUUAUUAUUAGUGUUUUUUUCGGAUUACAUUGUGUUAAAACUUUCAACCAGCUCGUUUAAUCAAGACCGAUAUUAAUCUUUUUUUU